GUGGCGCGAUGAGGAGCCGGAGUAACUCUGGGGUCCGACUGGAUGGCUACGCUCGGCUGGUGCAUCAGACCAUCCUGUGCCAUCAGAAUCCAGUGACUGGCUUGCUUCCAGCCAGCUAUGAUCAGAAGGAUGCCUGGGUCCGAGAUAAUGUGUACAGUAUCUUGGCUGUGUGGGGUUUGGGCCUGGCCUACCGGAAGAAUGCAGACCGGGAUGAGGAUAAGGCAAAGGCCUAUGAACUGGAGCAGAGUGUAGUGAAGCUGAUGAGGGGCCUGCUGCACUGCAUGAUCAGACAGGUGGAUAAAGUGGAAUCCUUCAAGUAUAGUCAGAGUACCAAGGAUAGCCUCCACGCCAAGUACAAUACCAAAACCUGUGCCACUGUAGUGGGUGAUGACCAGUGGGGACACCUGCAGUUGGAUGCUACCUCCGUGUACCUGCUGUUCUUAGCGCAAAUGACUGCCUCAGGACUUCAUAUCAUCCACAGUCUAGAUGAAGUCAAUUUCAUACAGAACCUUGUGUUUUACAUUGAAGCUGCAUAUAAAACUGCUGACUUUGGGAUAUGGGAACGUGGAGACAAGACCAACCAAGGGAUCUCAGAAUUGAAUGCCAGUUCAGUUGGCAUGGCAAAGGCAGCCCUGGAAGCAUUGGAUGAACUGGACCUGUUUGGUGUGAAAGGUGGGCCCCAAUCAGUUAUCCAUGUCCUGGCUGAUGAAGUACAACACUGCCAGUCUAUCCUUAAUUCGAUACUCCCCCGCGCUUCCACAUCCAAAGAGGUAGAUGCUAGUCUGCUUUCAGUUAUUUCCUUCCCAGCCUUUGCAGUAGAGGAUGGCCAGUUGGUAGAGCUCACAAAGCAAGAAAUCAUCACCAAGCUUCAGGGGCGUUAUGGUUGCUGUCGCUUUCUACGAGAUGGAUAUAAAACUCCUAAAGAGGAUCCCAGUCGCCUAUAUUAUGAACCAUCUGAGCUGAAGUUAUUUGAAAACAUUGAGUGUGAAUGGCCACUGUUCUGGACAUACUUUAUCCUCGAUGGGGUCUUCAGUGGCAAUGCGGAACAGGUUGAAGAAUAUAGAGAGGCUCUUGAAGCAGUCCUCAUUAAGGGCAAAAACGGAGUCCCACUCUUGCCAGAGCUGUACAGUGUUCCUCCAGACAGGGUUGAUGAAGAAUAUCAAAAUCCUCACACUGUGGACCGAGUCCCCAUGGGGAAGUUGCCUCAUAUGUGGGGUCAGUCUCUGUACAUCUUAGGAAGUUUGAUGGCAGAGGGAUUUUUAGCUCCUGGAGAAAUUGAUCCCCUGAAUCGAAGGUUUUCUACAGUACCAAAGCCAGAUGUUGUGGUUCAAGUUUCCAUUCUAGCUGAGACAGAAGAAAUCAAGGCCAUUUUGAAGGACAGGGGAAUCGAUGUGGAGACCAUUGCUGAGGUAUACCCUAUCAGAGUACAACCAGCCCGCAUUCUCAGCCACAUUUAUUCCAGCCUAGGAUGCAACAGUAGAAUGAAACUCAGUGGACGACCCUACAGGCAUAUGGGAGUCCUUGGAACUUCAAAACUCUAUGACAUUCGGAAAACUAUCUUCUCCUUCACACCACAGUUUAUAGACCAGCAACAGUUCUACCUAGCUCUGGACAACAAGAUGAUAGUAGAAAUGCUUAGAACAGACCUCUCCUACCUCUGUAGCCGCUGGAGGAUGACAGGCCAACCCACCAUCACCUUCCCCGUCUCACAUACCAUGCUUGAUGAAGACGGAACCAGCUUGAAUUCAAGUAUCCUAGCAGCACUCCGAAAAAUGCAGGAUGGCUACUUUGGUGGAGCAAGGAUUCAAACAGGUAAAUUGUCGGAGUUUUUGACAACGUCUUGCUGCACACAUUUGAGCUUCAUGGAUCCUCGACCUGAGGGUAAGCUGUACAGUGAAGAUUAUGAUGAUAACUACAAUGAGCUGGAAUCUGGUGACUGGAUGAACGGCUCUGAUUCAACCCGUAAUGCUCGCUGUGGUGAUGAAGUUGCUCGUUAUUUAGAUCACCUUUUGGCACACACUGCUCCCCAUCCUAAACUAGCCCCUACCUCACAGAAGGGAGGGCUAGAUCAGUUCCAAGCUGCUGUGCAAACAACCUGCGAUUUAAUGUCCUUGGUGACCAAGGCCAAGGAGCUGCAUGUACCGAAUAUUCACAUAUAUCUUCCUACAAAGAUAUUUCAGGCUUCCCGACCUUCAUUCAACUUACUUGACUCGCCUCAUUGCCCACGAGAGGACCAGGUUCCCUCUGUUCGUGUAGAAAUACAUCUUCCUAGAGACCAGUCUGGGGAGGUGGACUUCAAAGCACUGGUUUUACAGUUGAAGGAGACCUCCAGCUUACAGGAGCAAGCUGACAUCCUUUACAUGCUGUAUACUAUGAAAGGACCAGACUGGGACACUGAAUUAUAUGAUGAAGUGGGUACGACAGUCCGAGAGCUGCUUACUGAACUGUAUGGCAAAGUUGGAGAAAUUCGUCACUGGGGCCUGAUCCGAUACAUCUCGGGAAUCUUAAGAAAGAAGGUGGAAGCACUUGAUGAGGCCUGCACAGCUCUUCUCUCCCACCAGAAACAUUUGACAGUGGGACUCCCUCCAGAACCUCGAGAGAAGACCAUCUCUGCACCUCUGCCCUAUGAAGUGCUCACUCAGCUGAUAGAUGAAGCCAGUGAAGGGGACAUGAGCAUCUCAAUCCUUACACAGGAAAUAAUGGUAUAUCUAGCCAUGUAUAUGCGAACUCAGCCUGGUCUCUUUGCUGAAAUGUUUCGACUUCGAAUUGGUCUAAUCAUACAAGUUAUGGCAACAGAACUGGCCCACUCCCUUCGAUGCUCAGCUGAGGAAGCCACAGACAGCCUAAUGAAUCUCAGUCCUUCGGCCUUAAAGAACCUCCUGCAUCACAUUCUCAGUGGCAAAGAGUUUGGAGUGGAACGAAGUGUUCGUCCCACCGAUUCAAAUGUUAGCCCUGCUAUUUCUAUCCACGAGAUUGGUGCUGUUGGGGCAACCAAAACAGAACGAACUGGGAUAAUGCAGUUAAAAAGUGAGAUAAAGCAGGUGGAAUUUCAUAGACUAUCUAUCUCAACUGAGAGUCAGUCCAGUGGUGGUCAUCCCUUGGGUAUAGAUUUGAUGUCACCGUCUUUUCUGUCACCUGGAACACCUGUGGCUUCAAGUAGUCGGUCCUUUCCUCGUGCAUAUGCUCAACAGACAUCUAAAGAUAAUCGUCAAGGUCAGUGGCAACGCCGAAGAAGGCUAGAUGGAGCACUGAACAGAGUCCCAGUUGGAUUUUAUCAAAAAGUAUGGAAAGUUUUACAGAAGUGUCACGGACUCUCUGUGGAAGGUUUUGUGCUUCCUUCUUCAACCACUAGAGAGAUGACUCCAGGCGAGAUUAAAUUCUCUGUUCAUGUGGAGUCUGUCCUGAAUCGUGUACCUCAGCCCGAGUACCGCCAGCUUCUGGUUGAAGCCAUCCUUGUCCUCACUAUGAUGGCAGAUAUUGAAAUUCAUAGCAUAGGAAGCAUCAUUGCCGUGGAAAAAAUAGUGCAUAUUGCUAAUGACUUGUUCCUUCAAGAACAGAAAACCCUCGGUGCAGAUGAUACCAUGUUGGCCAAGGAUCCCGCGUCUGGCAUCUGUACUCUUCUGUAUGACAGUGCACCCAGUGGCAGGUUUGGCACCAUGACCUACCUCUCCAAGGCAGCCGCCACCUACGUGCAGGAGUUCCUGCCCCACAGCAUCUGCGCCAUGCAGUGAGGCCUUUGGGCCCUGGCUGCUGGGAGCCUUUUGACAGCUCGUUCCUGCUUCGGUUGAUUGUGCAUGAGACUGAAACGUGUUGGCCUGAUCACUCCUCCCCUGCCCCUUUCCACCCCAUCCCACCCAAGAGGAGUGAACGUUUUCGACAAACUAAUUGCUUUAGAAGUGAACCCUGGCCUGGGGGAACAUGCUCCCCACCAGGCACUCCAUCGUAGGCCUUAAUUCUUUCAUAGUUCCUGAGAGUUUGCAUGUGUUUUUAUUCUCUAGGUCUGUUACAAACGUAGUUUUCUAAGUACUGUUUGGA